AUGCCUCCUCCAUCAAAGUUCGUCAUGGUGCACAAUCUUCCCAUUCAACACCCUCAUCUUCUCAACCCCGCGGCUGAGGCUGAGACACUCAAUUCAUACAACUCGUUUGUUGGCUUGACUAAAUCCAAGUUGCUCGCCCACCUCACCCAUCCUCGUGGUGAGAUCGUCAAUAAGACUUUCUGCCAACGUUUUGCAACCGGACAAUCGACCGUUUUUCCCGACUGUGUCGUCAACCUCAAGGUGUACCCUGCUGGAUAUUGCACUGCUUGCGCAUGGGCGACUGAUAACUAUAAGUGUCGCGCUGCUUCUUUUGAGGCUCUCGGACCAUUCACUGAGCGCACUCGAGCUGCUUAUAACGCUGCUCUCACUCAGGCUAAGGCUGGAACCCUCGAACCCCAUCACCUCAAGUGCCCUUUUGGGUGUAUGCUUGCACUUGAGCAUGCAGUCUCUGACUGCCCUCUUGUCUCUCUAUCCCAUAUUCAACAUUGUGUUACCGUGGAGUUCGCUCGCUAUGAGGCUACCAUUGAAAAAAAAGGAUGCAGAGAUUAA